AUGGCUGUCCAUCAAGAACCGAAUCUCGAAGGCGAUGGUUCGAGUAGAUGUUCGUCGUCUUUCCAGAGAACGGUGCGUGAGGUGAUUCUAAGAGAUUGGUGGUUGAUAAAAUGUUCAAAGGAAUUCAAAGGGAAACGAUUUGGUGUUGCUGGUAGCGAGAGUGAAGCUUCCGUCGUCGAGAAACGAGCAAUGCGUGUGUUUACAUCUUCCCCAAUAAUUAAAGCCUUUGAUGUUUUCACACUCGAAGCAUCUGAUGGAAUUUGCAUCACUCUCCAAGGGUUUCUCAACAAAAAACGCGUUCUUGAAAGUGGAUUUAUCCCUGAGAUUUGCCGAGAUUUCAUCUUCGGGUUUCCUCCUCGUUGGGAACAAGUUUGUAACAAUUGCUUUCGAGGAGGCUCUCUUGGCACUGGUAGCAAUACCGUCCAUUCGGUAAUAGAUAAAGCUUGUUCUCCCAUUUUAUCACCAUGUAAGAACAACCAAGGGAAUCUAGAGGAUAGUGUAGCCGAGAGCAGAGAUAAAAGCACAGUGACCAAGACAAACACGGCAGAGAUUAAAGAUGAAGAUGGUUGCAAUGGCGGUUCUAGAACAAUAGAUAAAAAAUCAGCUGGAAGAAAGUCUCCUCGUUGGCAAUCAAAAUCUGGUGGAAAACUUGAAUCAAGUAAAGUGCAGAAUACGAUUCGUGAUGAAGAUUAUGGUAGUGAAGAUUUGGGUAAGGCUAAGAGCAGUAAUGUAGAAAAAGAUGAAUGUGAGGCUACCGAUAAUGAGGUGAUAUUUCCAGAGGAUCAAUGUGGUAGAAACCAUACCGGUGCAGAUAAUGUAGAUAAAUUAACAAGUAAGAGUGCUGGGGGAGAAUCACUGACUUUAGAACAGGGAAAAGAUAAACUUAAGGAAAUAGGAGCAGCUCUCCGUUCCCUGUUUAAAGACUCAGAUAAGAGUAGCAAGCCUGUAAAGAAAGGAAAAUCAAAGAAAAGUGAGAAGACACUUAAAAGUGAUUCCAAUGUAGUAGAGCCUAUGAUUCAUUCGGGGUCCAAAGUUAAUGAAGCUGAAGAAACCAUGUCAUGGGUUAAAACAAGGAGGAAGAUCGACUUUGAUUUGGAGGUAACACCGGAUAAAGAACCGAAGAAGCAGAAGACAAAUGCAGAUUCUACUGGAUCGUUAGGACAGAAACGGUCAAGAUCAGGAAGGUUGCUUGUGUCACCUCUAGAGUUUUGGCGCAACCAAGUUCCUGUUUAUGAUAUGGGGCGGAAUCUUAUCCAAGUAAAUGAUGGUCAUAGGACUAACUCCACUCCAUCUAAAGGAAAAGGAUCGAAUUCUCGAAAAGCAAGAAGAUGA